AUGAAGAGUCUCACAGUUCUAAUUAUAGCCAUCGCUGGUCAGCUGGUCAGUGGCGACCAGCUAAAGACCUUGGCUGCGGCCACGUCAGAUUUCUCCCAGAGACUGUACCAGAAGGUGGCGCUGGACACGCCCAAUGUGGUCUAUUCGCCGUACAGUAUCCAUUCAGCCAUGUCUAUGGCCUUGCUGGGUGCCAGGGAGGAAACGGCUAAAGAAAUGGAGACGACGCUUGGAGUUACCUCUCUUGGAGCUGCAACUCACAACAUUUAUAAAGAUCUCAUCCAUGGG